CACGCCCAUUCUCACCGCACAUACAUAUCGACAUUCCAGAGGCUCCAGUCGACGACCGUACAUCUCCACAGUAGACUUCAUUGGUGUUAUCCGGGACCUCCGAACGGUUUCUUGUGCUAGAGAAUCAUGGAGGGACGUCACGGCAGUAUUCUAGCAGUUCUAACGCUACUAGUACUUCUCCGCUGCAUGCGGACACAAGUCAACGAUUGUCUAGGCAGAGAGACGUGCGACAAGUGCAUUAGCGUUGCGGCGUCGGAACUGUGCGUGUGGUGCGAAGACUCGGAACUGUUGCAGAGUAAGACGCCGCGCUGCAACGUGUCGUCGAAUCAUACGAAUAACUGGUGUAACUAUACUGUGAGUCCUCGGACGUGGGUAAUGGACGAGGUUCAAGGAGACGAUAAGGCUCAAGUUCAACCGUCUUUCUUUCAUUUGAAGAUGCGUCCAGGUGAUCCGGUCAAUCUUAGCAUUACUGUAACUCGGCUGCCAAACUACCCAAUCGAUCUCUACUAUCUCAUGGAUCUUUCAAGAUCCAUGACCGACGAUCUCCUGAAGCUGAAGACACUGGCCAAAGAUCUAUCGACACUGAUGCAGAACUUGACAAGCGAUUAUCGUCUCGGCUUUGGAAAGUUUGUUGACAAAGUUACUUGGCCAUACACGGAUACAUACGGACCAAGGUUGAAUAAUCCUUGUAUGGACGUACGCAACAAAUCUAAAAGUUGUCCUCCAUCAUACUCGUUUGUCAAUAGUCAACCAUUGACCGCCGAUGUAGACGCGUUUGAAAAAGCGAUUCAAAAAGAGGAAACUUCAAGUAAUGUAGAUUCACCAGAAGGCCAAUUUGAUGCUCUAAUGCAAGUUAUUGUGUGCACGGAUGAGAUCGGUUGGAGGAAGAAUGCCUGGCAUCUUGUCAUAUUGGCGACCGAUGAGCAAUAUCACGUGGCAGGAGACGGUCGGUUGGCUGGGAUAUAUGCUCCCAAUACAGGCAAGUGCAUGACCCCGAAAGGACCAAACGGCGAGUAUACAGGCGGUUUGAAGGAGGACUACCCAUCCAUCAGUCAUAUUAGAGAAAAGCUUCGCGAAAAACAGAUAAUUCCACUCUUCACGGUGACGCAGGCGUUUCGAUUGCUUUACGAACAUUUACAGGAAGGUCUAAUGCCUCUUACGUCUUUUGUUGGCACAUUACAAGCAGAUUCGGAUAACGUUUUGGACCUUAUCAAUACUGGCUAUGAGGCCAUAGCAUCAAGAGUGACUCUAGACGUCUCGAGUGAACUCGUUGAUGCGUCGAUCUCCGUUGUUGAAUGUGGCAGUAAUGGCAGUGUCACGGGAACUACGUGCGUCGGUGUCAACCUCAAUGAGAUGGCCGUAUUCAAUGUUGAGCUCAAACUGAAGGCUUGCGUCGAUGACGAGUUCAGUCUAAGGCUGGAGGCGAUUCCGUUCGGUGUGACGAUGGUCAACGUUACAUCAAUAUGUGAAUGUAACUGCAGUCUUCCUGAUGUGGCGAAUUCGUCGGACUGCAAUUAUCAGGGAUCUCUGAAGUGCGGAGCAUGCGAUUGUUUUGAUGACCGGAGUGGAGAUUUUUGUGAGAUCUUUUGUGUGCCUGGCGAACAAACAGUGACAGCCGCUUGCAGGCCAAACGAUCAAACAUUGGCUUGUUAUGGCCGAGGUCAGUGCGACUGCAACAGAUGUUUCUGUAACAAGAAUGACAACGGAGAAGACUUGUGGGUCGGUCAAUACUGCGAGUGUCCGAAACUUCGCUGCGUCGACGGCGCAAAUAGCCAACAGUGUGGCGGUCCUGCACGAGGAGAAUGCAAAUGUAAUCCGAUCAACGAGAACGAGUGCGAGUGUCGGUGUCACUGUAACGAAGGGUGGGACCACACUCCCGGACUUCUCGAUUGCGACUGCAAAACAGACACGAAGAACUGUGUGACGAGCGAAGGCGGAAAUCCCGAAGUGUUGUGCAGCGGUCACGGCAAAUGCGAAUGUGACACAUGCCAGUGCUGGCCGGCAUUCAUCGACGGCGACAAGUGUUUGCAGUGCACCACGUGUGAGUCGGUGUGUCAGAUAACGGAAGAUUGCGUAAGGCAGAAACUAUUUCAAACCGGCGAAUCAACAGUGUGUGAUUACACAUUUGAAGAAAUGAAAUUUGAUGAAUUUCCUGAUCCCUAUGUCGUCGGGAAUGGUACUGCUGAAUUUCACGAGACGUCGGUACUUUGCCAGUUCAAGGACAACGACUCGUGUGAUCACUUGUACUACAUUGGUUUUGAUCCAACUCAACGAGUAUUUGAUAAUGCUGACUCCAGUGAGAAGUAUUUUGGUUAUUUGGUCAUCCAUCAUCUGUCGAUUUCGUUCCGCAAAUGUCCGGGAGAGGUGGCGAUCGUCCCGAUUGUGCUUGGUAUUAUUGGCGGUAUUGUUCUUAUCGGGAUUCUACUGUUGCUGUUGUGGUGGCUACUUCAUAAGCUUGCGCUACAUCGGGAGUACUCAGCAUUUAAACGUGAAAUGGCCAGUGCUAAUUGGAACCAGACAACUAGUCCUCUAUACGAACCACCAACAAAGAAGUACAAAAAUCCAGCAUACAAGAAGAAGACAAUGUCAUAGUUUCACGUCAUCUCCAGACUUGCUUUGGCAACUUCUAUACCCCUUUUUUGAUCUGGUGUUGGAUUGGUGGAGGUACAUUGUACUAAAGUACUUUUAGCUGAUAGAACUAUGUAAGUGCCCAAAAUUUUUGUGUGGCUGGGGAUUGAAUUUGAUGAAUACUAAUAGCUAUUGUAGCAAUUCGAAACGAUUAGAAUGUUUGGCAUGACUUGUAGCUUUAAACUGUUACUACAUGUUGAUUGUCAUUUACACA